GUUGAGGCCGUGACACCGAGUGAGGAAGUGUAGCGCCCAGACCCCCGUCUGCCAGUCCUCAGUGAGACAGGAUGCAGCUAACACCGCUGUGCCUGGUGCUGUCCUGUCUCCAGAUCAGCCCCGACCGGUCUCAGUUCUUCCGGUACGACUCGGUGUCCCUGCGCUGCGAGGACCCGCUCAACUCCACGGGCUGGAAGGUGAAGAGGAAGACGGCGGAGGGCGGGGUCCGGCCCUGCUCCUCCGGCUGGGGCACCGCCUCCUCGGGCUCCACCUGCCUCAUCGGGAACACCUACCCAUCAGACACCGGGGCGUACUGGUGCGAGUCUACGAGCGGGGACAGGAGCCUCGGCGUCAACAUCACCAUCACCGAUCGCGCUGUGCUCCUGCAGAGUCCCGGCCUCCCGGUGUCGGAGGGCGCCGCGGUGACGCUGCGCUGUAAAGCAGACGCGCCCUCCCCCGAACACACGUAUGAGUUCCAUAAAGACGGCCGCGUCAUCGCCAGCGGCUCCACAGGAGUGAUGACCAUCGACAGUGUUUCCACAUCUGAUGAAGGACUCUACGCGUGCAGCAUCCCUGGAUAUGGGGAGUCACUGGGCAGCUGGAUGGCUGUCGAAGGUCAAAUAAACCGCCUACAAAUGUUAAAUAACUCAGAAAAAAGCUGUUGA